CCCUCUCCCCCUCCCCCCUCUCUCUCUUUCCAGUUCUACUCCUCACACUGUCGUUGCAUAAAAGCAAAACAAGCCAGGCAGCUUAUCACACCGUUUCCCCGUCUCUCCUCCAACUCCAAGUGGGACCGAGAAUGUUUCGCUGCGGGAUCGCCUACCCUCGCUGCAGGUGGAUCGUGCCCCUGCUGCUGAUCUUCGCCAUCAUUUUCGACAUCAUCGCCAUCGCCGCCACGUCUGGCUGGUUGACGGACGAGGAGGGAAAGUCGCACUAUGCCAGCAUGUGGGACCAGUGCCACGGCCGCAACGACCAGUGGGACUGCAAGUCCCUCAUGGAGUUCUCGUGGGCGCAGGCGGUGGCCGCCUUGAUGAUCAUCGGCCUCAUCAUCCUCAUCAUUGCCUUCAUCCUCGCCUGUGUGGCUCUGUGCUGCACGCUCAACAUUUCGCUGCUGCCCGUCAUUGGCGUGAUGCUCAUUAUUGUUGCCAUCCUCCAGAUCAUCGCCUUGAUCAUCUACCCAGUCAAGUUCAACGAGCAGCUCUUCGAGGGCCACUAUUACUACACCUGGGCCUACGGCUUCGGCUGGGGCGCCACGCUCCUCUGCAUCGGCUGCGCCAUCCUUUUCUGCUGCCUGCCGCGCUACGAGGACGAGCUGACCGGCCUGUCCAAGACCAAGUAUUUGUACACGUCCGCCUAGAGACUCAACACACGCCUGCUUCGCCGCCACGUCAACAUUUCCACACCUCAACCUUCCCGUUCUUGUCGAGAAAUUCCUUUCUUCCCCUGUUUUUUUACCCCGGAUUUUGUAGUUCACAAAAAUUAAUCAUUUCUGUAACAUUGAGGAAGAAAUGACACCAGGCAGCUUGAAAAAACUGCCUCAACUGUAAGCACCGUGAUGCAGCCCAGAAUUGGUUUUAGUUUUCACAAUUUUACAUGAAAUUCUAUGUUAUGUUAGAAUAGAUGACGUAAUCGUUACUGACACGCCUUGGUAAGCAAUGGACAUCGGUGAGGUUGUUAAUUUUUGCCACAUCGUUCACUUUAAGCGUGAGUAAAGAAUACACUACCGACUCCAAUAAGUCCUAAAGAGAAGGAGAUGAUUCAGUAUUAUCUGCGCACAGGUGCUCUCUUGUGGUUGUUUGAGUACAGUGCAGUUAGUCCUGGAUAGUUCCAUUCCUUGAUGCUUCCAUCACACGCAGGAUUCUCACAGAAAUGAGGCAGAAGUACAACCUUACCUUAUGUAUUGCCGUAUUUUCGGGUAUUUAUGCCGCCAAAUUUUAGGGAGAAAAAAAAAUCAUAUAUUGCCUUGACUACAAGCUACAUAUAUUUAUGUUGGGAAAUAUGUUUUUUACACAGAAAUAUUUUGUAGAUGUUUAUUUACCUUAACUUUUUCCAAAUGAUGCCUUUAACACGGCAGUAAAACGGCUGAUCAAACAAAACACAAGUCUUCGUCAUGUACCCACCAGCUGUGGAAGCUAGCUCUCCAUUCAGUUAAACAGCCUCAAUAACUCCGCCGUGACGUCUUGGUGAAUUUACCAAACCGAAACAAUACAAACAGAAUGCCUUUGUAAGUUAACAAUACUAACACAGACACUUGUAAACGUGUUAGCAUAUUAGCUAUUGAUAAUGACGCUAGCUAGAUUACAUUACGAUGCCGCGUACAUAUUUGCAUAAAAACACUCUUGCAUGUGUAAAAAUUACAAACGUUGUGAAGUGAUGAAUGAAGAAUUCAUACGAGUAUAAACGCCAUGGACGGCACUUCCACUUCCGGUCAAAAGAGCUAAAUGGAGGAUUACUCCUGCUGGGAGUAAACUCGUCCAAAAGAUGGCGCCAUAGCACAAACAAUAACACACCUUUUCAAUGUAUUUGCUUUUUUUUUUUUCUUCUUUUUUAGCAUUCAGUGAAGAAAAAUCAAUAAAUUAGCCACACCGUUUUAUAAACUGUAGGGAAAAAGUAAUGGCUUAUAGUCCAGAAUUUACGGUAUUAUUAUUUUCCCAAAAAUGUUCUAUGUAUUUAUAGCGAUUUGUGAUAAAUAAAAAAUAAAUAUAUAUUUUCACCCAUUUUCCCAGGAAAAUGUUGGCAGGUGUGCAUCUCCCCAAAGAUCUCAGUCCAGCAUUAAGAGAGGUCAUUUUUAAUGUUGGGACCUUCUUCUGCUUUGACAAUAUGAUUGUUGUCAUUCCUUAAGAGCUGACAAAGCCUCAGUGGGGGAAGAGAAGCUCAAGCAUGUUGAAUUGUUUAUUUCCUGUGUGAUGAAAUAUCUUCUUUGCACCUUUUUAGCCACAUUUGUCGUGCUUCUUUUUGCCUAUUUUCUUAGCACGAGGGAGGUUUUUUUUUUUUUUUUUGUAGCCCUUUCAGUCACAGCUCCACAUGCAUUUUUAAUGAUCACAUGACACUUGCUGCUUUAAAUGGAACAAGCUGAAGCCAAAGGUGGGCUUGCUUUUGAAAGCAGUACUUUCCUUUGAAUGAAAAACAUUACUACUACUGAGACAAACCUGAUGUGCCUUACUAGCUUCAGUGUGACUCACACUCGGCUUCAUGUCAAAUACUGUACAAGCUCCAUCAUGUUAUGUAUUGUGUGAUGUGCAGGGAAAUAAACGACCAUCUUUUCUGUAACUUGUGAAUUUUUAAACCAACUUUGAGGAAAAAGCAGACUACUGCCUGGCUUAUUAAAGAAAUAUUCUAUUUUAUUAUUAGGGUUGGAUUUUAACGUCAUUCUCCGUGACUUUAGAUGUUUAUUAUUAACAUUUUUCUCUCGCUUCCUGCUGUAGUGUGAGCUGAUUUGUAUUUUAAUGCAAUAAAAUAGUUUUGUUUUGGAAGAA